AUGUCCAAAUCCGAGGCUAUCAGGAAAGCCUGCGGCGGUAGCAUUACGCAUGAGCUUUGUCUCAUGGCCAGUGAACACCACUAUACCUUGGAUCCAAACGGUGUUUCUCAAACUGGCACCUCUCAACAACAAUUGGUCCGGACUCAAUGGGAUCUCACGUCCGUUCAAAUACAACGUGCCCUCGUACGUGUACAGACUGCUAUUUGGACGUUCACUCAUGAUUUUUCCCUGGCAACGCACCAAUUCUUGAGGUGCCAAAAGACCAGCGGUUUCUUCCUUAGACUGUUUGAUUUUCAGAUUGGUUUCUCCGUCCAGGUUAGCAGUCUCAAUGUAGCACAGUCCUUCUGGCUCCGACGAGCUGAGCAAGAUCAAAUCUGCCGGGAACGGCUGCUCGCUUUUAACUCUCACAAUGUCUCCGACUCUGACAUUAAUCCAUUUCUUGAUCACGUACUCUCCGGUCUGGAUAUCCAGCACCUCGAUCUUGGACCUGUUCAGCUCGUUGUCUGA